AUGUCCGAGCUGAAUUUGGAGCAACUCUUUCAAUCGCUCAGGAAGUCACCUGAUCUGAAGAAGCUUGGAGCGGACAUGGAGAACGCACACCAGUUGGCCACAAGAACACCGCCGGAUUUCUUCAAGGCGCUGGGUUUUGAGACGGCUGCUGCAACAACGUUGUCGGCGGAUAAACCGAACUUGAUGAAGUGGCUUCGCUUCACGAAGCAGUACAUGAGAGACAAGGGAACGCACGAGUUUUCGAACGUGGAAGUCCACUCUCGAAAAAGUUUGGAGACGAAUUGCAGCGCCUCCAGUUCAAGCAAUGGGUGGGUGAUGGUUUAA